CUAUUUGUGUUGUUGUUGUUGUUGUUCGGGAACAGCUAAUAUAAACAUAUUUAUUUAUUUGUUUAAGAAAAAGAUUCCUUCCACACAAUAUUAUUGAUCGUUUACUAGAUGAAUAUUUGAUUAUUCAAUAUAAAUUUAGUGUUUAAUUUGUUCAGAUAGUUGUUGGUCCCUUUGUUUACAGAAAUAGCCACAGAAUCGUUUCAGAACAAUGUUUCUAGUGUGAGAUUGGAGCCAAAACAACUAUCUAAAAAUGGUGAAGAUCGCAGUAUUAGGAUGUGGUGUAUUGGGCAUAAAAAUCGCAGGUGAAAUGGCAUUUCAUGGUCAUCGAGUUAAGAUCUUUUCAACAGACCUGAAAUCAUUAAACUCAGUUUUCCUGAGAAUGGAAGAAGACAAGAGACAGCUGAAACAUGAUGGGAUCCUCAUGAACAAAAAUUUUGUGGGCCCAGUGCUGUGUAUGGCGAGGCUAGAGGAGACAGUCAGUGAUGCUGAUUUCAUCUUCGAGGCCAUUCCAGAGGACAUGGAGCUGAAGAAGGAUCUCUUUGAACGUGUUUCACAUCUUUGUAAGUCAUCUGCUAUCCUCUGCACCAGCACACUGAGGCUAAAUACCACUGAUAUUGUGGAAAGAACUGUUGGAAAAGAGAGAACACUUGGGUUACGGUUCCUGUUUCCAGUGUACUAUAUUCCGGAGGUUGAGAUUACUCCUAAUAAAUACACGUCAGGACAGACCAUCGAAAAAGUGCGAGGCAUGCUAGAGAAGAUGGGGAAGACAUUGUUUUUUCGUUCUGGACCGGAACCACUGAUCCUGUCGGAGGAACAGAGAGAGGCACGACUAUCUGCAUAUCAAGACCAACUGAAGGCUAACUCAGGGGUGGGGCUGUUCCAUGUGAGCUCCAUCCCCAGUCUGGGGCAACACAGGGGUCAAGGUCAUGGGGUGGGGUCACACAGGGAGCAGACUGCACAGAGAGGCUCCACCAGCACUAUGGAAGUGGAAGUGGACUGCGCCAUCUGCAUGGACAAGCCCCGUGACUGCGUGAUGCGCCCCUGCCACCACAUGGUGACAUGCUACACCUGUGCAUCCCUGCUCAUCAACCGACGGGACGGCUGCCCCAUAUGCAGGAAGGACAUUAUUGAAAUCAUACGCGUCUAUAGUGGCUGACCAGAUUCAUAGGUGUCUAUAGUGGCUGACCAGCAUCAUAGGUGUCUAUAGUGGCUGACCAGCAUCAUAGGUGUCUAUAGUGGCUGACCAACAUCAUACAUAUCUAUAGUGGCUGACCAACAUUUUUGAAAUCAUAAGCAUCUAAAGUGGAUGACGGACUCCAGUUGGGCAUUAGACAGUUUCAAACUAUUAAUGUGUGUGUAUUUCAAAGUUAAAUUAGGUCCUGUAGUACCUGAGGCUGCUUUAUCUGUAGGCACGGAUCCUGCCUCAGCACUCCUACCUUAUUAACUUAUUAGAUUCACAAUAAUUGGGAACAUAUUUUCAAUUAUAUCUGUAAUUUCUAGCUAUAUCUAGUUGUAAUGGAAAGUUUUCAAUUUUGGUGUGGUUUUGUGUUAUGGGGGGAAGUCGGAGUUCCCAAAAGAAACCGCACCUGUUUUCUAUGGUUCCUCAAUCAGACUCACAUUCAGGUGUAUUGUAAGGCGUUUACCUUGUUUGUUUUCUGUUUGCAAUGGCAUACUUACCGUAUACUACAACAUGAGGUGUAUGGGUAAUUAUCUUGGUAAAGAAACAUGACUCUGCAAUGCACUUGUGAAUUGAAUAGUAUUGAUUUGUGUCCCUUUAUCGUUUUUCAUUAAGGUCCAGUUUACUGUGAUCUACAACUGACCUAAAUAUUGUUUUUAUCAAAAUAAGCCAAGUGUGAAGGACAGAAUAGCCAUUUUGGUUGUUAUAAGCAGAUGUCCUUUUCUUUGUAUGUUAUUUGACACACAACUUUAAAUUCUGGCACUUUACCAAUUCUAUGCAUUUACCCUUGCAAGGUGGUUAGUUCAGCUUUUAUCAUGUUUUAUGUUUAAUGAACUGUUCUGUUCAUCUUUAUUUGAUUGGUCACAUGCCUUAAAGACAACCAGUUUUUAACAAGAAUCGAUCUCCUGAUUUUUAUAAUGGUUCUGGAGAGUGAUUAUUCAUUAUAUUGCAUGAAUACUUUUUGCGGAGAUUAUUUGAGUGUUUCACAGGAAACAUAACUCUUUCAUAGAUUUUCAUUGAAUUUAUGACGUGCACUUUUCUGAAGAGCCAUGAUACUUAUUUCUGAUGUAGGAAGAUUUUUUAAACUAAAGUGAGGUACUUUAUGGGAAAACUGGGCUUAAUGCAUUUUUUGUAAAGUUUCAUACCAGGUUAGCCUGUGUAGUAUGUAUGGGCUAAUCAUGGUAGACACUUUCCACCCUGACUGGAUUUUGUUACAAGAGACUUUCUGUAAACAAAAAAUUCCAUUAUUGGGAAAAUAUUGUCCCUAAUUAGCCUGUGCAGACUGCACAUGUUAAUCUUGGACAACAUAGUACGCACAUGCACUAAGCCCCAUUGUCCCAACGGGAGGCUUACAUUCUGUGAGCUUUUUACCAAGGAUAGUUACAACUAAAUAAGCGAUGUUUGAAACGUUUGUUAGAAGAUUCUUGCAGAAUCAUGGAUAACAUGAUAGUGUAUUUUACUUAGUUUUUUUGUAUUAAAAUUCUUUAUUUCAAUUA